UGUCUCAUCGCAACUUUCAUUUCACAAAACACAACACACAACAACAACAACAAGAACAACAAUAAUCAUCAACAAGAACAAGAAUCAUCGUCAACAACAACAACGAGAAUCAUCAACGAGAACAAUCAUCAACAACAGAGUCAACGUUUGAAGAAGCCUUCAGAUACGCGAAUGCAGGGUGAAUUAGAGUUACCACCUGGUUUCAGAUUUCAUCCAACAGAUGAAGAAUUGGUGAAUCAUUACUUGUGUAGAAAAUGUGCUGGCCACUCAAUUUCUGUUUCCGUUGUUAAAGAAGUUGAUUUGUAUAAAUUUGAUCCAUGGCAGCUACCUGAAAUGGGUUAUCAAAGUGAGAAAGAAUGGUACUUUUUCUCUCCGAGGGAUCGAAAAUACCCGAACGGUUCUCGGCCUAAUCGGGCUGCUGGAAGUGGUUACUGGAAGGCUACCGGGGCUGAUAAACCGAUUGGGAAAGUGAAGCCAAUGGGGAUAAAAAAGGCACUGGUUUUUUAUGCUGGUAAAGCUCCCAAAGGAGUGAAAACUAAUUGGAUUAUGCAUGAGUAUCGUCUUGCCAACGUUGAUAGGUCUGCCGGCAAGAAAAACAAUUUGAGGCUUGAUGAUUGGGUGUUGUGUAGAAUUUACAACAAGAAAGGAAAGAUUGAGAAAUUCAAUACAGGCAACACACAAGAGGUUCAUAAUUACUAUCAGCAUGAAGAAGAAGAACAUGAGAGAAAGCCAGAAAUUCAGAAGUUGGUGAAUUACCAACUGUACAUGGACACAUCGGAUUCGGUUCCGAAGCUGCACACAGACUCGAGCAGCUCCGGGCACGUGGUUUCACCGGAUGUCACGUGUGACAGGGAGGUGCAGAGUGAACCAAAAUGGAAUGAACUUGGGAUACAGCUGGAUGACGCGUUUGGUUUUGAGUUCAAUUACUUGGAUAAUAGCCUUUCAUUUGAGUAUGAGGAUGACCCUUUUGGGACCAAUGAUCAGUUCCAAAUCAACCAGCUUUCGCCGUUACAGGAUAUGUUCAUGUACCAACAAAAGCCAUUUUGAUUCUGUUUUGACAGAAAAUGAUUCUUUUUGGUAAUGGGAGGUUGCCUAAUUUAAUUUAUUUUUUUAGUAGGAAAAGUCAUCGUUAAUUAAUGCAAUUACACCUAAUUAACUACUGUAUGUGGACCACUAAGGAUAAUUAUUCUUAUUCUUAUAGAGAGAUCAGAGAAUUGUGAUUUUGGCUGACAUGGACCAUUUGGAUUGGAUUAGGUUGGACCUAAUUUGUGCACAGAUAAGGAAAAAUUGUAUGUAAUUAAAAAAAAAAAGCUGUAGGGUUAUCUUAUCUCCAGUAGGUGUAGAUCCAAACCUAAUGGUUCAUGCAUUGGUGUGUCAAUGUGUAAGAGCAGGAACUCGUGUAGAAAAUUCUUGUAUUGUUGCUGGUAUGAAAGCAUUUUUUCAUAUAUUUGUAAUAUACUUUUCAAUUCAAAGAGAUAAAAUGCUGCUUUAUAUUAGACUA